UGUUUCUCCCUGUUACUUAUCAUUUCCUAUAUAAUGAAGAGCCAUCAUGUAUUUUGAAUCCAACAUUCCCAUACUAAUCAAUUUCCUUUGAAAAAGAUCGCACCCUUUUCUCCCUUUCUCUUUGUGUCUUUACCUUGUCCUUGUUAAGUUCCUAGUGAUCUUCUUCUGCAUGCUCCAAUGGAUAACUACUACCAUCAACACCACCACCCUCACUUUGACAACAGCAAUAACAAUGAACCACAUUUACCUCCUGGCUUCAGAUUCCACCCCACAGAUGAGGAACUCAUCACAUACUACCUCCUCAAGAAGGUUCUAGAUAGCUCCUUCACUGGCCGAGCCAUAGUUGAAGUCGACCUCAACAAGUGUGAGCCAUGGGAGCUUCCUGAGAAAGCAAAGAUGGGUGAGAAGGAAUGGUACUUCUAUAGCCUUCGUGACCGAAAGUACCCAACUGGAUUACGCACCAAUAGGGCCACCGAAGCUGGUUAUUGGAAAGCCACUGGAAAAGACAGAGAGAUCUACAGCUCCAAAACUUGCUCGCUCGUUGGCAUGAAGAAAACCUUGGUUUUUUAUAGAGGAAGAGCUCCGAAGGGUGAAAAAAGCAACUGGGUCAUGCACGAGUAUCGCUUAGAAGGCAAAUUCGCUUACCACUAUCUCUCUAGAAGCUCCAAGGAUGAGUGGGUGAUCUCACGUGUGUUUCAGAAGAACACCACCGGCGGCGGCUCCACCGUGUCCGCCGCCGCCGCCGCCACCAGCGGUGGUAGUUCCAAGAAAACAAGAAUGACCACAUCAAACACUAGCAGCAACAUGAGCCUGUGCCCCGAACCGGGUUCACCCUCUUCCAUUUACCUUCCGCCGCUUCUGGAAUCCUCUCCUUACGCCGCCGCCAGCACCACCACCGCCACCCCCGCCGCGGCAGCAUUCAACGAUCACGAAAGCUGCUCCUUCAACAGCGCCGUCAGCAACAACAACCAAAGGGAGCACGUGUCCUGUUUCUCCACCAUCUCCGCCGCCGCCUUCGACCACCUCGUACCCCCACCGGAGCCGCCGCUUGACCCUUUCGCGCGCUUUCAUUGUAACAACAACAACGUUGGUGUUGGAGUCUCUACCUUCCCGUGCCUCAGAUCCUUGCACGACAACCUUAACUUGCCCUUCUUUUUCUCUCCAAUGGGCCACGUCAGCAGUGCUGAUGUGGCAUCGUUUGGCGCCGUCACAAACUGGCCGGCGCCAGAAGAGCAGAGGAUGGCUGACGGUGGUUCCGGCAUGGGGAUUGUACCGUCCGAGUUGGAUUGCAUGUGGGGCUAUUGAUUUUUUUAGCGUUGACCAUGUUGACCAACUAUGAUUGUAACUUUAUUAGGCUUUGAAUAUCUCGUUAGGCUAGUAAUCUAUGCUUUAAUUAUUAUUGGGAUUGAACUUUGCAAGGGUUGUUGAUUGUGAUUGUUAGCUUGGAUUUGGUAUUGUAGUUGUUGGGUUGUACUCCUAUUUAUUUAAGUUAAGAAUGUACAACUAGGGUGUAUUGAUUUAAUGUGAUCGUGCGUUAGUUAAAUUGCGUGUAUUGAACUUUUUGAAUUUUAAUGCGUGAAUACAUAUAUACCAUUGCGUGUG